AUGCUGUCUCUUUUCUACUCCUCCUUGGUCGCAGCCCUGGCCACCACCAUCUCAGCCGAAACCACAACGAUACAGGGCUUCAAUGCCGGCAGGGAAACAUUGACCCUGCAUAGCGCUCAAGCAAGUAUCGUCAACGUCAACGCAGACGCCACCACCUACGCCUUAGCCUGUCAAUCCGGCGCCCCGCUAACAGAAUGUCCGCUGCCUACGCCCGUCACAGUAACCGAGGGCACUUCCACCUACACCAUAAGCGCCAUCUUUGCGACCAUAACGAAGGGCGUAGACAUCAAAUUCACCUUCAUCCAGGACUGCGAUAUUACUUCCUCCACGCAGGGCGCCUCCUGCUCCGUUUCCAUGGGUGCAAAGUUCAAGGCGGGCGAUAUGGAAACUUCCACUGGUUCAUCCACCAUCACUUCCUUAGGCUCAGAUGAUAUCUUUUAUAUGCCUUUGACGGUUACUGCGGGCGCCGACAAGCUUAAUGCUCCGCAGGCGACACAGACGCCGGGCGUCGCGGCUCAUAAUGCCGCGGUGGGUGGCGCGGCGGCGGCCGCCGUUGCUGGCGCUGCUCUCGGAUUCUUGUAG